AAUGAUCCCUGUCCUCCCAACGCUAGCUAUAACACAACAUCGGGGACGUGUGAUUGUGGCGCAGGUUUUACAUACGAUCCGGAUCUGAAUGCCUGCGUCAUACCAUGCCCUGCCAAUUCCGAAGUGGACGGCGGCGGAAUCUGCCGUUGCGUCACAGGCUGGGCGCCUGCAUCCCCUCAACAAACUGAUCCCCCCACGUGCGUUAAAUGUGCAAGCAAUCAGAUCGGCAUCUACGCUGGAUGCGUUUGCACGAGUACGAAUGAACUCGGCCCAUGCCAGCCACAAUCCAGUGGCAAUCCUCAUCGUCGACGGCAGAAUGUGCAAAGGCUUGACUUAGCUCCUGACAUGUUGUUCUGUGGAGAGAACGAGGUAUGGUGUCCACACGAGAUAGCAGCGGAGCGACCCACGUCCGUAUCUGGUGGAAAGUGCAUCAAUGCAAACUCUGUAACCACGUGCGGGGGCUGCAACACGGGGCCUUUUGGGCUGGGAGUCGACUGUGGAGACAUUGAGGAUGUAGACCAAGUGCGCUGUGUGAUGGGUCGUUGUGUUGUCGAGUCAUGCCUGUCGGGAGAGCCUUCAUCGGAUGGGUCGCAGUGCGUCGGGUCGAAAAAGUGAGGAAACAAGGCAUUGUGUAUGGCCGGAGGAGCCUCUGCAAUUGAACAUUGGAAUAAGCGAUAGUAAUAUAAUGUGGAAGAGGGAUGCAGUGUAUCACUGCUCGGGUCGUUUGCUAUAGCCUGUGUGGCACCAAGAUCUGUUAUCUCCGGAUUCGAGGCCUUAUUUUAGCGCGUCCAGGUUAAGAGACUCGUGG